AUGCAGUUUUGGUACAAGGAAGGCAUCCGCCUUCACCAUCUUCUGAAUUCAUUUGCAACAGGAUUGACUCUAAAGAGCUCGCAACGUGAUAAUAACAGCAUUCUGAUUUGUGACAAAUCUUUACACCCAGCAGUCGGUGUUGUGUAUAGUGCCCAAAUGCUUCUUUACGAUAUGCACACCUGCGCAGAUUUUGACCACCUGAGCGGUGUCGGCAUUCCAGAGCAGCUCGAAAUGCAGAAAAUUGCAUUGGAAGGCGUUAGAGUAGUGUGCACCGCUGUCUCUAGCUUUGCUCGUGGAAUAAGGGCCGGGGGAGUCGGCAAUGCCGGUACAAGCCCACUAGUCAUUAAUUGUCUGUACGAGGCUGCAAAGUACCACUUCUGGUACUACCGCGAGGUGAACAAGCCUGAACUGCUGCAUGAGGUGAAUGAGAUUAUCCUCACUCUGCAAGCCAUUGCUGGUACAUGGGCUGUUGCGGAUAGGUACCUCUCGAUUCUGAAUGGUGAUGAAUUCCGGCCUCAUGCCAUGCCAGGGGAAUCACUUCCUUGA